AUGCCAAUAUGCAUCCAUUGCCGCCACCCCAUCCCCGUCCUCUACACCACCUACUCCAAAGCCGACGACCGCGCCCUGGGCAAAGGCGUGCGGCUCACCCAAUGCCCCUCGUGCAAGAACUUUGCCGACAAAUAUGUCGAGCAUGACUUUAUCGUUCUCUUCAUUGACCUCGUGCUGAUAAAAGCUGAAGUAUACCGACAUUUACUAUUCAACCGCCUCGGCACCUCCGACGAGAAAUUCGACCGCUCGAUCCUCCGCCUCGGCGUGCUCCUGCUCCUCUUCGACGUCUACCUCACAUGGGCGCGCAUCGAGAAAAUCAGCCAAAACGCCUCUCUCCUCGCAUCCCAACCACUCAUGCUGCAAUACCUGUUCUUCCUCGCGCUCGUCACGCUGUCAACACUUGCAUUCCACAUCCCCAUUCGCCUGCUAUGUUCCCUCCCUCCCUCGCCCCUCCGAGUACUGCACGAAGCUGUUCCCGAUAUUGCUGAUUAUCUGGGAAUACGACUUGCGCAGCAGCGCGACGGCGGUGAGUUGGGCGGUUAUUGUGAAUAA